AUGGUGCCUCCUCCGCGCUCUUCGCUGCCCACCGCCGACAGCAGUACAGCAAACGGACGCGCGUCAGCAAGCAGAAGCACAGACGCGUCAACCAGCGCAUUUCCAGCCUCGAGUAGCAGCGCGGGGUCCAAGCGACAGCUUGCGGAACCCGAGGUCAUCGCGCUGAACGAGUUGUUGGACACGUUCCCUAGCGAGAUGGACGACGCGCAACAGGAGAGCGGCGCUGAGACGCACAAGCGUCGGAAGGUGCACAACGAAAGAGAGACCGGGCUCCUCCCAAUCGAAGCGUCAUUCCUCAAGCUCCUGCGUCGCGCGCACAUCGAACCCUCCAUGCGCGCUCUAACCGGACUUUACCUGUCCGCGGCCUGCUGCCUAUUCGGCCAAACACUCGCUUGGGAUCAACAACCCGACGGCUACGAGGUGAUCGACGGUCCCGAUGGCCCCGAGUCCGUGGACGCAUGGCGUCGUAACUGGACCGCCUGGAAGAAAAUGGAGCUGAUCACCAACCGGUACAACCCGAACGACUCGUUCAACGUGUACAACAUCUAG